AGCCUUGCUUUGACACUCACGAGCUCGUGAUUGGUUAUCUCCGAACUCCAAAAAGCGGUAGAUUAAGUGCUAGGUGGAAGAUGGUAAAGAAAUAAGCAAUAAUUAAAAAAUAAAUUAUUUAUAUUAACAUUAAAUGCCAGUGUAAAAAUAUAAUGAUAUGAACUGAUAAAUAAUCAUAAUGUUAUCUAGACUUAUUCGGCAGUGUUUAUUUAUUCUUCUUCAUUUGGUAGUGAAUUUACUUGUUGCUGUUAAAAAUAUUUAUCGCCGGUUAUGUGUUAAAUUAAAUUAUUCUAAUAGAGAACAAGACGUAAAGACCGAAGUCCGAAUUGUUCUGGAGCAUGCAUCAAAUAUAAGAAAGGAACUGAAGCAUCUAGUAUUUUUUGCAAAUACUGAUGAACACUCCAUUGAGGAGCUGGCCAGGGUUGUUAUUUGGAGUCUAGCUUUUGGAAUUCCUUUUGUCAGUUUUUAUGAUGAAACAGGACAGUUGAAAAAGAUGGAGGAGAAGUUGUUCUACCAAGUGGAACGAAAUAAAAAGGGAAUACCUGGCUGUAUAAAGUGGUCAAAUAAACCAAACCUAAAUGGUUAUACAAAUGGUCACACACAGUCAAAUACUGUGGUAAUUAACAUACUGUCAUACAAUGAUGGCAGACCGAGAAUAGCAAAUUGUAUACAAAUUAUUUCAAAAAAAGAGGAUUUGUAUGUGGACACCUCAAAUGAGUUCACAGCAACAGAGUUUGAUAAUUUGUUAAAAUUAGUUUAUCCUUCUAUACCUGACCCUGAUUUAGUUUUAUAUACUGGGCCACUGUGCCGAACUUCAGGUCUGCUUCCAUGGCAUAUAAGAGUAUCAGAAUUUAUACUACUUAAUAUAGAUCACAGAAUAACUGUAAAUAAUUAUUUAGGUGCUUUGUAUAAGUAUAAUAAAUGUGAUCUUAGAUUUGGUAAAUGAGCAGUUUGUAUAUUAUUUAUUUUAGUGGAUUAAGAUUAGAAAGUUGAGUUUCUAUUUAUUGAGCUGUAGAUAUUGGAAAUUGACAAUUUUUCUGAAUAGUUGGAACAAAUAUUGUGUAAAUGUUACAUUACCCACAAUAUUAUCAUGGAAGAAAAUUCUAUUGAUCAAUGGAUUAAUAAAGUACUGUAUAUACAUUGGUA